AUGACUCGCAAGUGUAUCGUCGCAACUUCCCAACUCAACCAGUGGGUGCUCGACUGGGAGGGCAAUCGCGAUAGGAUUAUCGAAGCAAUCCGCACAGCAAAAUCCGCAGGUGCGACCCUCGUACUCACUCCGGAACUGUGCAUCCCCGGCUAUGGAUUGCUCGACCAUUUCCUCGAAGGAGAUGUCUACCGUCUCUCCUGGGACAUCCUCGCGGAGAUCAUUUCUCAUCCCGAUUGCCAAGAUAUCAUCAUCGACCUGGGCCUCCCCGUCAAGCAUAGAGGCUCAAGCUACAACGCCCGUGUGAUCGCACUGAAUCAGAAGAUUCUUGCUGUGCGCCCGAAGAUCGAUCUUUGCAAUGAUGGAAACUUUCGUGAGAUGAGAUACUUCUCUCCCUGGCCGAGACGCGUUGUCCAUGACUUCCGACUCCCCUCUGUCAUUCAAAAUCUAUCUCCAAAUCAGCAGUGGACCCGGAUUGGCGAAGUUGCCUUCGAGGCCAGGGACGCCACCUUUGCCUCAGAGACGUGCGAGGAACUCUGGACUCCCAAUUCGCCACACGCGUCAUAUGCGCUCGCUGGCGUUGAGAUCCUAUUGAACUCGAGCGGCAGUCAUCACGAGCUUCGAAAGCUGGACACACGGAUCAAUCUCAUCAAAGAAGCAACCGCCAAGACUGGCGGAGUCUACAUGUACUCGAACCAGCGUGGUUGCGAUGGAGAUCGACUUUAUUACGACGGCUGCUGUCUGAUCAUGAAUUCCGGCCAUUUGGUGGCCCAGGGCUCGCAAUUCUGUCUUCGCGAAGUAGAGGUGCAAACGGCGAUCGUAGACCUCGAUGAAAUCGAACCGUACCAGACCUCGAAAAGUCGAGGCAUGCAGGCACAGCGGGAAGUCGAGGCAGACUCACUCGAGCGCAUUCGGAUCGAGUUCAACCUCUGCUCGCCGCUCAACGAGUUGAAUACAGCGGCUGUUUCGGAGGCCCUCGACCCGCAAUACCAUCUGCCAGAGGAAGAGAUCGCUCUCGGACCCGCUUGCUGGGUGUGGGACUAUCUUCGGCGUUCCAAGGCUGCUGGUUUCUUAAUUCCUCUUAGCGGCGGCAUCGACAGCUGCGCCACGGCGACAAUCAUCUACAGCAUGUGUCGACUGGUGGUAUCGGAGAUCGCCCAAGGUAAUCAGACCGUCAUUGCUGAUGCUAGACGUCUGGCCGGUGAAGACCCAUUAAAUCUCAGUGCCAAGCAAUUCUGCAACAGGGUCUUCAGCACGGUCUUCAUGGGCAUGAAGGAGCAGUCUUCGAAGGAAACCAGAGGUCGUGCACAGGAACUCGCUGCUGCUAUUGGUGCCCAUCAUAUAGACACCAACAUCGACGAGAUGGUACGGUCUCUCCAUACAGUAGUGACAGGAGUUCUGGGCUUCGAGCCUAAGUUCAAAGUUCACGGCGGGUCGCAAGCAGAGAAUCUGGCUCUGCAAAACUUCCAGUCUCGCUCACGUAUGGUACUGGCGUACGCCCUGGGACAACUAAUUCCGACUUCUCGCGGCGGAACUGGUGGGCUUCUCAUUCUUGGCUCAGCUAACGUAGAUGAGUGUCUGCGCGGCUAUCUGACCAAGUACGACUGUUCCUCAGCGGACCUCAACCCCAUCGGAGGCAUCUCGAAAACAGACCUCAAGCGCUUCAUCAAAUGGGCAGAGAUCAAUUUUCAACUCCCGAUCCUGCAAGACUUCCUGGACGCCGUGCCUACCGCCGAGCUUGAACCCAUCACGGAGACAUACGUGCAGAGCGAUGAGGCGGACAUGGGCUUCACCUACGAUGAGCUCUCCGUGCUCGGUCGUCUCCGCAAGACAUUCAAGCUGGGCACCGUGGGGAUGUUCGAGAGGCUUGUCGUGGAGUGGAAAGACCGCAAACCUCGUGAUGUCGCGCAAAAGGUUCUGGAUUUCAUGUUCUACUAUGCUGUGAAUCGGCAUAAGAUGACCACAAUGACACCUGGUCUGUACCUGGAGUCGUACACGCCAGACGAUAAUCGGUAUGACCUGCGGCCCUUCCUCUACCCUGUGAGGUUUCCUUUCGAGCGUAAGAAGGUGUUGGAUUUGGUAGAUCGGAUGGAAAGAGGACAAGCUGGCAUUGAUGGGGCAUAG